ACGGCCCCACAGUUGAGUUCGGUGGCCAUCAGGGGUGCCAUCGAGAGGGCCGGCAUCGCACCCGAAAACGUGGACGAAGUGAUCUACGGUCACGUACUUAGCGCAGGCGUUGGUCACGUGACGAGUAUUCAGGCGUCUAUAGGAGCCGGUCUGCCGGCGAGCACCGCCUCCACUGUUAUAAACAAGGCGUGCGCCUCAGGCAUGAAAGCUAUUAUGUUGGCCGCGACGUCUAUACGGUUGGGCGACAGUGAUGUGGUGGUGGCCGGGGGUAUGGAAUCCAUGUCCAACACACCAUAUCUACUGCCGCGCGGAGAGUUGCCAUACGGGGGCGCGACUCUCAAAGAUGGUCUACUCGUGGACGCCUUAGACGACCCCUUCACCGGCAAACACGUGGGCUAUUUGGCCGAUAAGGAGGCCGUCAAACAAAGCAUAACCCGCGCCGAUCAGGACGAGUACGCGGCCAACAGUUACCGACGCAGCGCUCGGGCGGCCGUCGACGGCCUAUUGGCCAAAGAGAUAGUGCCGGUGACUGUCGCCGGAAAACGUGGUAAACCAAGCGUUACGGUCACCGACGACGAGGAAUAUAAGAAAAUAAAUAUCGAUCGCAUGCCAUCGUUAGAGCCGGUGUUUGUGAAGGACGGCACCGGAACCGUUACGGCUGCCAACGCGAGCAGCCUUAACGACGGCGCCGCCGCCACUGUACUCAUGUCCGGUGCGGCUGUCAAGAAGUUUGGUGUCACACCGUUGGCCAAAGUGGUGGCGUACGCCGAUGCGGGUGUAGAACCGGACGGCUUUGCCAGAGCCCCGGUCUAUGCCAUACUCGAAGUGUUGGCGAAGGCAGGUCUGGACAAGUCUGAGAUCGCGCACUGGGAGAUCAAUGAGGCCUGUUCCGGCGCUCGUAUUGUCAACCAUUUGGCGCUACACCUGAAGCCCGAUGAGUACGGAUUGGCUGCCAUUUGUAACGCCGGUGGCGGCGCUUCCGCUGUAUUGAUCCAAAAGUUA